AGUCAAGAUGAAGAAGCACCACUCUGUGCAGGGGACUAUUAGCAGACUCUUUGGGAAAAAACAUAGCAGCAGCAACAGCCCCACCACCUCCCUCUACGUCACCAACCCCCCCUGGGUCUUCACACAGGAGGUCGCCUCGGACAGCCUGGCACGUUCUGGUGAUGUGGAUGGCACACACUAUGGGGAUAAUCGCUUUGGCACAUUAACGGAUUCUGGAACAGCAACACUUAAGCCACGACCGAGAGUCCGACCUCUGCUGACUUUCUUACCCCUUAAUGCUCAAGAGGCACAUGGAGUGGCUGUUCCGACACCAUCAGUGCCUGAAGGCUUUGAAGAGAAAGCAGCUCCGGGGCUUGGUUCCCAAAUCAAUGGGAAUUACAGAAAGUACAACUCGGUUGUUGAUCUGAGGCCCAAGACAUUUGAAGAUGACUACUUGGCUGAUGAUGAGAUUCCACCACCACCAUCAGUUCCUCCUCCACCACCACCACCAUCAGUUCCUCCUCCACCACCACCACCAUCUUUUCCUCUUCCACCACCACCACCACUGCCAUCUUCAAUUGACCUAUCAUCACUUUCAACUUCAGUGGAAGCUCCAUUCCUACCUUCAGUGGAAAUUCCACCUCCACCUCCAGUGCCUCCUCCACCCCCACCAGCAGUAUCACCUCUUUCAUACCUGGCUCCGCCGUCACACUCAAAUUCUAACGUGUCUUCUCCUACUACUCCAUCUCCACCAGACUUCAUUCCUCCUCCUCCUCCUCUGGCUUUUAUGGAUCGUGCAGCCCCUCCUACAACUCACUUUUCACCACCAUUUCAUACUCCACCUCUUUCAAAUGGUGGCUACAAAUGGAAAUCUGAGACUGUUCUAAAUCUUAGGGAGUCAGAAGAUGGCUCUCACUACCCAAACUUAACUGUUCCACCUAGCCCUACCCAGAAGGAGAAAGAACUGCCCCAAACCAGCCCAGAUCCUCAUCAAACCCUUCCCAGAUCAUUUAAAAUACCUCCUCCAGCCCCUAUGAGAACAUCAUCUAUUCCUUCCGGGGACAAAGAACCAAGCCGAAGAGAUGAACAGGCCCCUAAAAUGGUUCCUCACAGCCGACCUGCAUUGCCACCUAACUUUACAGUACGGCCUGCAGCCGCGGUUCACUUAGAGGGAGACGCUGGACAGAAAGCUCCUUUGGAUAAGCAAAUGGUAGAAAAACCUUCUGUAUUCAUCACAGAAUCUAGGAAUCCAAAACCAACACCAGAGUCUAAUGGUGUUUCUACCUCCGCAUUGAAAUGGGAGGUACAAAAAGAACUGGUGCCACAACAGGCAACAUCAAAAGACUGUUCUAAAAAACCAGUGACUCCAUAUGCAGAAGAACCAGAGCUUCCGUCACCAGACUGGGCAUCCUCUGAUGAUGAAGAAUGGAAGGAACGUAGCAACCUGGACAAGCUGAAACAUGAACUGUCAGCCCUUCUGUCUUCUACCUACAGAAAGGAAGACAGACAGCUGGAGAAAGCUGUAGUUCCCAAAAGUAAAACCAGCAUUAAUGAUAGUAACCAGAUUGGUUGGGAAGAAUUAAAACAAGCUAAGCCUACCAUGAUUAGCUCGCAAAUACCAGCAGGGACAGAUACUGAGAGGAAAGAAAAGAUACCAGGCAAUUCACCAUCUGCAGGCAAAGUUUUGACCAAUAAUGUUAAUUCAAAUCCAGAUAAUAAAUCUACCAGCAUGCCAGCGAAUUGUGUUCUGAAGUUCAAAAAUGAAUUGGAAGCUUUGCUGUCUCCAGCCAAGGACGGGGGGCCACCCUUGGCUCUUACCAACCUGAGGCACAAUCCAGAACCAAAGAAACAAGCAACUCUUCAAUUUGGGGGCAGCGAGUCCAAGAUUCCCAAACCCACAGUAAAUCAAAAUACAGCAAUAUCUGAAGUGACAGGAAAAGAGCCUAGGAUUCCUAGUGCAUCUACUAAUAACUCCCCAGCUGGAAACAUUUGUAAGCCCCCAGCCUCCCCUCUAAAACCCAAGCCUGAACUCUUGGUUCCUGCUGCACCUUCUCCAGCCUCUGCUGGAAUUGCCUCCCCUGUUCAAGCUCCCACCACAGACCUUUCUCACCUACAGUACAAGACACAUAGGACAAAAUUUGCCUCCACUGAUAGCCUGCCCUCUGUGACGUCUUCCCAAGCUGCAGAAGAUGGGCCGAUCACCACAAAUAAUAAUGACAACCAAAGAGACUCUGUUAGGCGCAGGUUCUCAGAGACACCCAUCAUCCUCAGGAACACCGAGCAACUGAAUGGUAGUCUUUUGAUCCAUCCUGUAACAGGAGAGGAAGUCGAGAGAGGCUCCCCGAUGGCUCUUCUCUUGGCUGCACAGCAGCGGGCCCAGAGAGGCAGGCGUUCUGCCUCAGCCUCACGACAAAACAGUUCCUUAUCCGAGAAUCCUCAGUUCAAGUUAUCAGAAAAGCUGCGCAACAGCAGCCAGUCAGAGGUGACGUCAUCCACCCUUUACUACAAUGAUACCAAGCCUAACACCGUCAAGGUUGUUCCAAAGGGCUCUCCCAGGGAAUCCCUUGCAGCCUCAGAAAUUCAGCAGCCUAAUGGGGCAAGUUCAUCUGAUAAUAAAGUCUGGGGCUUGUCCAACCUAGGGCAGAAAGGGCAGAAGCCGCAGUUGUUCUACAGCACCUCAGAACAAUUCAGGGAUUUGCACAAACUCAGGGAGAGCGAAUCUCCGAAUCUUCCUCCAUCAAAUAGUUGUGGCGCUUCCGUUUUGGUUCCAGGCGGCUUGGAGUCCAGCCACUUGAAGCAGCAGGGCUCUUCCAAGGUGUCUGAUACUCCCCUCUGCUCUCUUACUAAACCCCAGAUCCACACCAAUAACAAUGAGGCAGAAGAAGGCUUCAAUUAUGAGAUCAUUCCACCCCCACCAGAGUUCAGCAAUGAUGACAACGGAGCCCCAGAUGUUUCUUCAAAGGGGGAAAGGAAGCCUACAGGCUUCAGCACCUCAGCGGAUGAUCACGUCUCAGAUGAACAAGUUCAUUUCAAUCAUUCAAGCUAUAGCUAUAGCAACAGUUAUUCCCCAAUAUUGAAACCUGCUCUGGAAAGCAGCGGGAGGCCUAGUGGAUACGGUCUCCAUUACUCAGGUGGAAGUUACCCUGCUGGCUACCUCAGUGGCUACUCCAACAGCCGCCCUCUGAUUAAGAAGCGCCUUUAUGUGUCAGAGUCUGAUGGAUCAUAUGACAGACAAGCCACUUCCACUCGCAUCGGAAGCACACCCAGUUCCUACAGCCACAAUGCAGUGACGUACAAUUCCCCGUUUAUGGAAGGGAUGCGUCGGAACUCUACUCAGAGGAACAACAAUGCACAUGGCAGGAGGAUGUCCCUGGAAGUACCUGGGAAAAUGGUGACUUAUAACAAUGCCACCAAUGACACCAAGUAUAAAGGGCAGAAUGGAGAGUAUUCCACCAGUACUGGCAGACCUGCCCCUGGAAAUCUACAGUAUAAUGGGACUGCAAAUACAUUUACUGUCAGGCCUGGAACAAGACAGCCAAUUUCUUAUGCGUAUCAAGGAGGUCUUCGAUAAGGAGUAAACUCUGUCAUUUCACACGCAGCUUGGACAAUGUAUCACAGAACUCCUCUUCUAAGCUUUGCUGGGGCUGUUCCUCAGAUAGUU